AGCCAUACUGUUUUGUUUUCUCUGUCCGUUUUAGUGCUGGCAGUAGUAACGGCUAAUAUUGGCUACAGAGGGCAGCUGACCGACUGCCUCCUGUAUAUUUAGCUCAGGGCCGAUACAUGGGAGAGGUGUAACAGACAUUGGCUGGCAUUCACUUCUCCUAAAGGCGUGGAUCUUGUGUGUGUGUGUGUGUGUGUGUGUGUGUGUGUGUGUGUGUGUGUGUGAGGGAGAGAGAAAGGCGGGGAGAGAGAGCAAUAGUGCAGGACUGCAUCAGAUCACUUCACUGUGCUAUUGGAGGUAGACCGCAGCCGGCAGCAUGAUUCUGUUCACACUUGGACUAUAUUUCCAACUUCUCUGCAAUGUGGCAUCAAUCUCUUACAUGGAUAAUAUAUUCCCUCUUCCAACAGAUCUCCAGUUGCUGGAAACCAGGAAGAAAUUCAACCCCUGCUGUUUACUGAGUCCACCUCCACCCCCUCUCUUCCCUCCACCCCCUUCACUGUGGCGGCAGGGCCAUCUGGAGAGUCCUGAUCAAGGGCUCCAGACAGAGACUGAUGUUUCACCAAAUGUCCCAUGCAAUCCCACACCUCACACAUGCUCCCCAGGGCCUCCGGGACCAGCAGGACCUCCUGGCCCUCAGGGUCCUGCUGGACUGCCGGGACCAAAGGGACCAAAGGGAGAUAAGGGUGAAAUUGGAAGACCCGGACAAAAGGGACACUUUGGCACUCCAGGUCUCCCAGGACGUCAGGGAACAAGUGGAUGGCAAGGACCAACUGGGCCUAAAGGGGAGAAAGGCGACCCUGGGCUGAUGGGAAUGCCAGGGUCAAGAGGACCAAUUGGACCCAAGGGCUUUCCUGGACAUAAGGGAGAAAAAGGCUCACAAGGUUUCAGAGGUGAAAUUGGCUUAAAAGGUGACAAGGGAUUAAUGGGUCUUCCUGGAAUGCUUGGCCAGAAGGGUGAAAUGGGUCCAAAAGGAGAACCUGGAAGCUCAGGGAACAGAGGACCCACCGGCCGCCCAGGAAAAAGAGGAAAGCAGGGUGCAAAAGGUGACAUUGGUACAACUGGACCCAUGGGUCCUGCAGGCCCUCAAGGGGUGCCUGGUCACCCUGGCCCUCCCGGUUUGCCCGCCUCAGGACUGUACAUGGUAGGACAGAAAGGAGAGAAGGGACAACCUGGCAGCCUGGGACGCUGCGGCUGUAAUGCCCCCUCCUUUGACCACUGGGGCAGCUAUCCCAGAGUGCCAGCGAUCUUUGUGGUGAAUAACGAACAGGAGCUGAACCUCCUCCAGACUGAUUACGCUUUGGCCUUCCGUAAAGACCAGAGGUCGCUUUACUUCAGAGACAUUGAUGGUUGGAUGCCAAUUCAGUUAACACCAUUCCAGUCGAUGGAGCGUGAUCCCGACCAGGAGGGUUUCUGUGGAGACAGCAUCGUACAAGUUGAGAACGGAGAGGAGUGUGAUGACGGAAAUAAGGUGGUCACAGAUGGCUGUGUCAAGUGCAAACUUGCAUACUGUGGGGAUGGAUAUCGCUAUGAAGAGGCAGAGGAGUGCGACGGAAAGGAUUUUGGCUUUCACACAUGCAGAUCCUUUUUGCCUGGAUCUUAUGGACAUCUCAAGUGCACAGCUGACUGUUUCAUUGACUCAACAAACUGCAAGUAUUUCACAUGAGGACAAAAGAAAGUAGUAUCUCGUUUCAGCUGGAGAGACCCAUAUAAAUGACGACACUGAAAACCGUAGAUUCAGUGGAUAAACUGAGAGUAGAAAUCAUUGAUGGAAUUAUCACAAACACAUUAGCUGAACUCCUCUGUUGACAUGAUGCUUAGAGGCCAUGUAACUCACUCGGGAAAGGAACGCUUGGCAAAGCCACGUUUGUGCACGUGCUCUUAAGAACUUUAACCGGACUUCAGAUGCCAUUCUCCAUUUAUUCAGCCUCUGCUGCCUUCCAUUCGGCCCUGGCUCGACAUUUGGCCAGCGUGGUUGGCUGCAUUAAGAGGAAACAGGUGAGUUGGUUGCCUCUUGGAGAUGGGUAAAGGACUUCUCAAUACCUCAAAGUACUGUAGUACUGUUUCAGAGGAAAUACAUUUUCUCCUGGUCCACACCACCUUCCCUCACAUAGGGUGCUCUAUAUGUGGAAUGCAAUGUGACAUUGUUACUAUAGUAUUUUGCAUGAGGCUGAGAUUGCUGUAGACAUGUCAGCAGAGAUCAUUACCAAGGCAUGUAACUGAAAAAACAAAAGUAGCUCAUAUCUUUAAAUCUAAUAUUAUGUAGGCUUAGACCAAACUGGUGCUUGGCCUUGGAAGAAACCUAAUAAUUUCAUUAUCUUAAAAAACACUGAUGUACAUUAGGCUUAGUACAGUUUUGCAUACUGGGUCCUAAAAUAACUUGUUGCCAUACAGCCCAAUUAUGGGUAAAUUGAAGAAAAAAUUUAAGCUUAUAAAAUGGCACAAUUAUAUGCCAAAUGACAGUUUAAUUGAAAAACAUUGCAUGAUGGUUGUUCAGAAGUGCCACCAUACCAUAUACAGUACCCAUAUUUAGUAUCUUCGGUAUUUUUUUAAAUUAAUCAAGCAUAACCAAAAUAUUAUUCACAGCUCAAUGAGG